AUGGGGGGGGACCGUCAGUCGGGACAGGGCACGGAGGCGGACCUCGGAGCGGCUGCGGCGCCGCAGAGGCGCGGGGAGGCGGCAAGCUCGGCGGGCAACGGCAGCACGUCCGAGAGCGUCAGCGUGAGCUUCGUGUCCGUCGAAUCGUCCGAGACGGUCAUGGUGCGCGGAAACGGCGCGGACGGACCCGGGAAGAGCGUCGGUGACGCAGAGCCGGGGUCGUUGCCGGGGUCGCUCGGCGCCGCGGGCGUGGGCGGCAACGGCUCGUCCGGCGUGCACCUCAACAUGGGCGUCUUCAUGAUCCCGCACCCGGACAAGGCCCACAAGGGCGGCGAGGACGCGUUCUUCCUGUGCGAGGACUGCGGCGGGGGCGCCGCGGGCGUCGCGGACGGCGUGGGAGGCUGGGCGGAGCAGGGCGUCGACUCGGGGCAGUACUCGCGGGCCCUGUGCGAGAACACGCGCGCGGCCUGCCACGGCGUGCAGCCCGAGCUCAACUCCCCGAAGGCGGCGCUGAAGGUCGCGCACGCGCAGACGGAGGGCCUCGGGUCGAGCACGGCGUGCGUGUUGAUGAUGGGCGCGGACGGCACGCUGCACAUAGCCAACCUGGGCGACUCCGGCGUGAUGAUCGUGCGGGAGGGGAAGCCGGUGUUCGUGACGCCGCAGCAGCAGCACGACUUCAACUUUCCGUUCCAGCUGGGCAGCGAGCCGUUCAACGACCCGCCCGAGUCGGCGGACGACUUUGCAGUCAAGGUCCAGCCGGGCGACGUGGUCGUGGCGGCCACGGACGGGCUGUGGGACAACAUGUACGUGGACGAGGUCGCGAACCUGAUCGCGGACUCCCGCUCCAGGGGGCACAGCCCGCGCGAGGCUGCACGCGAGGUGGCGACGCGUGCGCAGGUGCUGGCCGCGGACGACCGGUACCUGAGCCCGUUCGCGUACAGCGCGCUGCAGCUGGGGUACGUGUUCAUCGGGGGCAAGAUGGACGACAUCACGGUGCUGGUGAGCUACGUCGAGGAGGGCAAGGCGAAGCUCUAG